AUGCCUACAACCGUGCAAGGUCCUCCCAACGGUAUUCCCGAUAAUUCUGUGGGAAUCAUCAAUCCACUUCUCGAGCAGCCAGGUUUUUCUCGCGAUAAAGGGCCUACCUUUCUCAUCUACACUGACGACGUCUAUUUGAACAAUGGCAGCGAGAACCCCCGCAGUGGUUGUGCCUUCAUCUUUAAACUUUCUCCCACCAAUGGCAACGGACAUUAUUUCUUUCGUCUUGAAAAUGAGCGUCCCACUGCUGAACAGCCCGAGUCUGUCAAGUUCAUUGAUACUAAGGGGGUUCUGGUUUGA